AUAAAAAGGUAGACAUUCAUAGAUGGUUGCACACAGCAGGUUUAUAGGCCGUCAAAAUGCGGAAAAUCCAUGUCCUUGGUGUAGUACUUGGACUUUUCCUCUCCUGUAUUCAAACUGAUGCAGUCGUUUGGGAGGCGGAAAUGCCAAGUCUUCUCGAGGAUUGUUAUAAACAACUGACUAUAGAUCUCACGGUUGCGGAUAUUCCAAGCCAUGCUGUGAUGAGCCAUUGUCUGGGCUCCUACAUCUGGGAAAAUCCUGGUCUUCGAUAUCAACUAAACUUGACACAACAUCAAGUCAAUUAUGUUCGAUCUGUUUACCGAGAAUAUCAGCAAAGAAUCCACAACAGCAGGCGACAUAAAAGACAGGCGCAGCGCGCCAUUCGACGAGAAAUACGAGUCCUGAGUGAUGAGCAGAGGCAAAGAUUUUUUGACGCUCUUAAUGAAAUGAAAGCAGAAGGGUCGUAUGACGCAUGGGCCAGCAUCCACACUGGGAUAGUAAUUCGAUCAGCACACAGUGGUCCUAACUUUCUGGGAUUUCACAGAGUGUACCUAACUUUCCUUGAGUUUGCAAUCCAGAGAGUUGAUAGCUCUGUCUCGCUGUCCUAUUGGGACUCCACCAUGGACAAUGAUAUGGUUAACCCACGUGAAACAGCAUUGUUUACCUCACAAUUGCUGGGAAAUGGUAUCGGAGAGGUCCGUGAUGGCCCCUUUGCAGGCUGGCUGGCAUCUGAUAAUACGGUUCUUAACAGAAAUAUAGGUUCAGGAGCUUCUUUAAUGACCAAAACUGCAAUAAGCCGAUUUUUAGAGGGCACUGCUGCAACAAGCCAUCGACAAAUUGUUGUAGGGUUUGGACAAAAUUUGUUAAAUACUUUGGAGGGCCAGCACAAUAAUGUCCACAACUGGGUGGGUGGUGAUAUGGCUGAUGGCUCCACAACUGCCUAUGAUCCAGUCUUUUUUCUACACCACACCUUCAUUGAUUAUAUCUGGGAGCGAUUUAGACAAAAAGUCAGACAACAAGGCACAGAUCCUACUACCGAUUAUCCAUGGCCAAUGACUUUCUCAUUUGGUGACCGCAAUCAAUUGCAUGAUCCUAGAAGGCCCAUGGACAACUAUGAGAACUUUACGAAUAUUGAUGGCUACAGCGAUAUAUUUACUCAGGAGUUUUAUCAAUACGAAGAUAUGCCUUCCUGUCCUUGUGGAAAUUCAAGAUUCUUAAGGUGUGAAGGUGGAGUGUGUAUUGCAGCUUCUGCAAGCGAUAUAGGAGAGGAGUCGUCAGCGCAAAUUAUGGGUAGAACAGCUUUCAUUGGAGGAGGGGCUGAUGAGCAAAGAGUGAUCAAUUCACCCUUCCAGACAUCGAUGAUUGAUCCCAGAACGCAAAAUGCUAAUGGAAAUAGAAUGAAUGGUGCAGCUCCGAAUGGUAGAGGACCAGCUGGAUUUUCACCGUUCCAAUCGUCAAUGAUUGAUCCAAGAGUGGGUAAUAUACGAAAUGGCGCUAUUCCGCCCAGAGGGGCUCCUGCAGGAUCCUUGCAAGGUAUGCUGGGUUUUCAUAGAGGUGUUAACAAUGGCCGCUUUAAUAGUGGUUCUCCAGUGGCAAACUUUAGAAACUCUGCUGCUCCUGGUUUUGGUGUUAUGGGUGGUAGGAAUGUUGGAUUUCAAGGUUUGUCCGGAGCGGGAGGUGUAAUUCAGCAUGCCUCAGCGGCACAAUCAGGACUCCUAGGAAGACUGGGAAUUAGGGGACAAUCUGGAAACCCCUUACAGAGAUUUCCUCCCUCCCCUAUCAAUCCAGUUAGACAUCUAUGGGAUCCAAGAAUUGGUCAUGUCGGCUCCCAAAGAACAAAUUUAAUACAAUAUUCUCCAGAACACAAUAGCCCUUUGAGUCUUGACGAUAUUCGUCGACUGACACACGUUACGGAUCUUCCAAUACAAAAUACUUUUACAAUAAACCGUGUAUCUGACACUCGUCUUUGGGUGUUUAUGCCAAUUCGUAUCAUUUAUAUGAGGCCUCCUGGGUAUUUCUUUGGAUCAAGAACCGUCCGCAAUUCCCGGAUUAUGCAAAACGUUGACAUGUACUCCCCCCAGAUGUAUUCCGAGUUCAACGAUAUUUCACCAAAAGUGGCUCCUGCUACCUACCCUAAUUGUUAUAAAAGCCUUGGAGGCUCGUCUAAAGUUUAUGUACAAUCAACGGGAUUCUCAUAUUGUGGAAAAUAUUUGGAAUAUGCAGUCGUAGAUGAGAGACAACCGGUCUCAGAAGCCAUUGCUUAUGUCGCUGUGAAAAAUCCUGACCUUGGGGCUGCAAAGGCAUACCUAACUGCUUUUGAUUCCUGUGGACGAGUCUGUCAGCCUAGAUGCUUGAUCCCUGGUUCGAGUCCCCCUAGUUACCAACCAUGCUCGGGUGUUAUCAAUCUUUCUAAUCGCUUGCCACGUAUGUAUGGGCGAACUUAUGGAGAGGCAGUCAGAAGUAGAUGGAACUUCGGCGAUAAAAAUUGCCCCUCAAGUUACGGUGGGGAAAUAUUUAUGACAUUUUACUGCGACUAUGAAAACGUUUGGCCAUGGAAAUCCUGCAACGGAGGAACACGAAAAGGACCUGUGUACUUCGGGAAAUAGUGCUCUUGGCAGUAUGUAAUACCAAUACUUCAAGACAUACUCUUCAGAGAUCAGAAUUAAAAAAUAAAGAAAUGGUAAAACUACUA